GUAAACGCACGCGCACACAGACACACUCAACGAUCACAAAAAAGCAACCCAGUCACAGGAUGAGGCCUCCAUUUUAAACUACUUUUUUUGUGUUCUUUGGAAUAAGGUACCAACUACAAGAACUUCACACUCUCUCUUCCUAUAUGCCGUGUUUGGGACCGACAACCGACAACUACUGGGUUGUACUUAAAGUAUGGAUUUCCGGAAGCGUGCUUUAUUUGAUCAAGAACCUUCUUUAAGUAUGGCGCCUUUGAAUUUUUUGAAUAAGGUGCAUGCAAAGGCUCAAUUUAAUGAAAUGGAGAUAGCUGCUGAUCAUGCUGCUGUGCCAGAUGUAAAUAUUGACCUUAGAGAAGUGUACUUUUUGAUUAUGCAUUUUUUAUCUGCUGGGCCAUGCAAGAAAACUUUUGGACAUUUCUGGAAUGAACUUCUGGAACAUCAGCUUCUACCUAGGAGAUAUCAUGCUUGGUACUCAAGGAGUGGUGUGCUUAGUGGGGAUGCAAACGAUGAUGGUGUCUCUUUCCCUUUGGAUCACACUACUUUGGUGGAAAGGUAUCCUCAACUUGAAAAGGAUCACUUGGUAAAGCUAUUGAAAGAACUGAUACUGAGUACAACCCCUCCAUUACAAGGCAUGGUUAGAGGAAGUGCUCCAAGUGCAGCUGAUGUGACGACACUGCUUGGAACUGGUCCCUUUUCUCUUCUGUGUUGUGAUAGGAGCAAAGUAAAGAAGGAAGUCAAGCUUAUGCCAGCUUACCUGCGUUGGCCACAUAUUCAGGCUGAUCAAGUGCAUGGGCUAAGUUUGAGGGAAAUUGGAGGGGGUUUUUCCAAACACCAUCGUGCUCCAUCCAUUCGCUUUGCAUGUUAUGCUAUUGCUAAACCAUCAACUAUGGUGCAAAAGAUGCAAAAUCUUAAGAAGCUGAGGGGACAUCGAGACGCCGUUUAUUGUGCAAUAUUUGAUCGCUCAGGAAGAUAUGUUAUUACUGGAUCGGAUGAUCGUUUGGUUAAGAUUUGGUCAAUGGAAACUGCAUUUUGCCUAGCCAGUUGCCGUGGACAUGAAGGUGACAUUACUGAUUUGGCUGUAAGUUCAAACAAUGCUUUGGUGGCUUCUGCUUCAAAUGACUACAACAUUCGAGUUUGGCGCUUGCCAGACGGGCUUCCUAUUUCAGUUUUGCGGGGACAUAUAGGAGCUGUUACUGCCAUUGCAUUUAGUCCCAGGCCCGGUUCUAUCUACCAGCUUUUGUCGUCAUCUGAUGAUGGCACUUGUCGGAUAUGGGAUGCUAGGUCUUCCCAGUGGAGUCCACGUAUCUAUGUACCAAAACCAACAGAUACCGUUGCUGGAAAAAGCAAUGGCCCCUCCACUAGUAAUGGUCCCUCCUCAAGUAAUGAUUCACACUGCAUAUUAUGUUGUGCUUACAAUGCUAAUGGAACCCUCUUUGUCACCGGAAGCUCUGACACUUUUGCAAGGGUUUGGAGUGUUUCUAAAUCUAAUGCAGAUAAACCAGAGCAACCAAAUCAUGAGAUUGACUUGUUGGCUGGCCAUGAAAAUGAUGUCAAUUAUGUGCAAUUCAGUGGCUGUGCUGUGGCUUCAAGAUCUUCAACCUCUGAUACCUUUACAGAAGAGAACAUUCCAAAAUUUAAAAAUUCCUGGUUUAGCCACGACAAUAUAGUUACCUGCUCACGUGAUGGCAGUGCGAUUAUUUGGGUUCCAAGAUCACGUAGAUCUCAUGGAAAAGUUGGACGUUGGACACGAGCAUAUCAUCUCAAAGUUCCUCCUCCCCCAAUUCUGCCUAAGCCUCCUCGAGGUGGUCCACGACAGAGACUUCUUCCAACUCCCCGUGGUGUUAAUAUGAUUAUGUGGAGCCUGGACAAUCGUUUUGUGCUUGCUGCCAUCAUGGAUUGCCGAAUAUGUGUUUGGAAUGCUACUGAUGGUAGCUUGGUACAUUCCUUGACUGGUCACAGUGCAUCUACUUUUGUUUUGGACGUUCAUCCUUUCAACCCCCGGAUUGCAAUGAGUGCUGGGUACGACGGGAAAACCAUUGUGUGGGAUAUAUGGGAAGGCACACCGAUUCGGAUAUAUGAAAUUGGACGCUUUAAGUUGGUCGAUGGAAAGUUUUCUCCGGAUGGGACAUCAAUUGUACUUUCAGAUGACGUUGGACAACUUUGUUUUCUUAACACAGGUCAAGGUGAGUCCCAGAAAGAUGCCAAAUAUGAUCAGUUUUUCCUUGGGGAUUAUCGUCUACUUAUCCGUGACACUCUUGGAAAUAUUCUUGAUCAGGAGACGCAGCUUGCUCCAUACAAAAGGAAUAUUCAAGAUCCUCUUUGCGAUUCAACUAUGGUUCCCUAUCCUGAACCAUAUCAGAGUAUGUACCAGAAACUUCGGCUAGGUGCACUGGGUAUUGAGUGGCGUCCUUCAUCCAUAAAAUUUGCCACUGGCAAUGAUGUUGGUUUGGGCCAAGAUUAUCAAAUUUUGACAUUGGAAGACUUGAAUGGAGUGAUUGAGCCAUUACCGGAAAUUAUAGAUGCCAUGUACUGGGAACCAGAAAAUGAAGUGAUAAAUGAUGAUUCUGAUUCAGAGUACAAUGUUCCUGAGGAAUAUUUGAGUGACGGUGAGCACGAAAGUGUAAGUGCCAGCACAUCUAGUGAUCCAGAAUGUAGUGCAGAAGACAACAAGGUUGAACAAAGUCAUAAAAAUGUCCUCCGAAGAUCAAAAAGGAAAAGGAUAAAGGCAGAAGGCAAGUUGAUGACUUCUUCUGGGAGGCAUGUUAGGAGGAGGAAUUUGGAUGGGAAUGAUGGAACCUCAUCUGGGAGUAAAAGAACUAAAAAAUCAAACAAAGGUCGCAAAACUUUGAAAGGAAAUUCUUCGAAAGCAAAGUCACUGAGAUCUCAGAGGCUUUCUGCACGCAAUGCCCUGAAUUUUGUCUCUCAUAUCACAGAAGCUUCUUCAGAUGAAGAAGAUGAAGGUGGCUUAGAAACUGAUUCAUCAGAAAGCGAGUUAAUGGUGGAAGAUUCGAAUGUUCAGAGCCAUGAACACGAUAUCAACUUGCAGAAUGUGCAAGAGAUAUAUUCAAAAGCUGAACAAGCAUCCUUAGACUCUGAGCAUACAGCAAAGCCUCCCAAAUUCCUAGAAUCUCAGACAAAUGUUGAGAGCAGGAAAAGAUUGGUCAUAAAGUUUUCACUUCAUAAUUCUAAGAAGUCUGUGCCUUCAGCAGAGAACACCCAAACCCAGUGUCACAAUCAGGCUGACUUAGCAUUAUCCUCUAGACUGACUCUAGAAACUCCGAAAAAAACCUGGAUCAAACUAAGCUCUGAGGAUUCUGAGUCAUCUUCUCCAAAUGCGGUUGAUGUGGAGUUGUCUGCAAAUCAUAACAUAAAUAAUUCUUGUGAUGGAGAACAUGCAAAAGUUGAGGAUCAAUUGGAGAAAUCAGCAGAUUAUAGGCACCAAAAAAUCAGAUGGGGAGAGGUCAAAAUACGCUCAUCCAAGCAAAUGAAAUCUGAAGAUCAUAUGACAACAGAUGGAAGUACUGGAUUUAAUGGAAGUUUUGAUGUCCAUUAUGGAAACACAAAUGAUGUCAAUGACUAUGUUAAACCUGGAAUGGGAUAUGGAGACUCUUUUUCCUGUUCAGAAAUCCAAAAUCAUGGAGGUAAGGCGUUGACUGAGGCUUACAAGAAUAAGGAACAGUUUGAAACUGGUGCAUUAGGGGAUAUGGAUAGUGAAAGAGGUAAAGAUUUUUGUCCUGAAUGCGCGUUUCAAUCUUCACUGCGGAAAACUUCACCCCUAUAUGAUCCCCAGCAAACAGGCAGUGGUUCGGCAGCCUCUCAUCAUGAAAAUCUCAACAAGGGAUACAAAGAUUGUUCUGGAUCUGACAUAUCCCGAGGUUGUGACUUGGUUGUCAUCACGAACCUCUCUCAUGAAAUGAAAGAGAACCCUCUACCCAAGCCAACAAAGUUAAGGAUUACAUCAAAGAAGAUUUUGCAGGGCCCCAAAGGCCCUUUAAAACUGAAGUGUAAUGUCGCAACUGGUGCCGGUGAUGAUUCAGCAUCUGAAAGUCACCCAUGCAUGAAGCAGAAUCUGGUUUUGGGACUACCAAGAGAGGAUGAAAGCUCUGACCUACCAAGGUUGGAGAGAUUAGAUUCUCAUUCAAACACGAAAAUAAAAGAUGCAGUUUACAAAGAGGAUAAUUCAUAUAGGGCUAGAACUAAUCCCAAAGGUUAUCAUGGUGGUAUCGUAGAAAUCAUUUCAAAAACCAGCAGCCAUAAUCAUGAUUCAGAAAUCGAUAUCCCUGAAGCUGAAACAGAUGAACUGCGUAGAACAAGAUCCAUAAGGUUGAAGGCAACUUCGCGGGAGACGCAUGAUAUGGACAAUAUCCAUAAGGUGAGGGAAGGUCAUAAAUCAGUGAAGACAUCAAGAAGUGCUGAAAAUCCCUCCAAGAGAGCAUUUGCUCAGCUCCCAUCAGAUGAAUGGAUUUUAAGUCCAAAAAUUACAGUCAGAUCUAAGUCUACUAGAAAGAAAGGAAGUGGUUAUUGUGAUAAUGACCCCUGUUCUUCAGCUGGGAAGAAGUCAAGUUACAAACUCAGAAAAUCAAAUUGGCUAAUGUUGUCUGAGCAGGAAGAGGGUUUUCGUUACAUUCCUCAGCUAGGUGAUGAAAUUGUAUACUUAAGACAGGGCCACCAAGAAUAUCUAGAGUGGAGUGAAUCAUCAAUGGUAGGUCCAUGGAUAUCAAUCAAGGAAAACAUCAGAGCUGUAGAAAUUUGUUCCGUUGAAGGACUUAAUUAUGCAACAGUUCCGGGCUCUGGGGAGAGCUGCUGUAAACUUGCACUGAAAUUUAUAGAUACUUCUUCUAGUGUGUUUGGUAGGACAUUUAAGUUGACUUUGCCCGAACUGAGUGAUUGCCCAGAUUUUUUUGUUGAGAGAACAUGGUAUGAUGCUGCAAUUAGGAGAAACUGGACCUCGAGGGAUAAAUGCCUGGUGUGGUGGAGAGAUGAGAGUGGGGAAGGGGGUAAUUGGUGGGAAUGUAGGAUUCUAUCUUCAGAGGAUAAAUCAAACGAGUUCCCUGGCAGUCCUUGGGAAAGAUUUGUUAUUCAGUACAAGAAUGAAAAAUGUACCCGAUUACACAGUCCUUGGGAACUAUAUGAUCCUGAUAGUCCAUGGGAGCAACCCCAUAUUAAUUCUGAGAUAAAAAAUAAGCUGCUGUCUUUAUUCACUAAAUUACAGCAGUCAGCAAGUAGAAAUCAGGAUAAUCAUGGGAUUCUAAAAUUGGAAAAAGUUGCCCAGAAAUUGGAUUUUGUAAACAGGUUUCCAGUUCCAUUGUCUCCCGAAGUAAUCAAGCUAAGGUUAGAAAACGACUACUAUCGGAGCUUGAAAGCAAUGGAGCAUGACAUGAUGGUAAUGCUGUCCAAUGUACAAGCUUACUUUGGGGAAAAUGCAGAAUAUGCAAUGAAGAUGAAGCGCCUAUCGGACUGGUUUUAUAGAACAAUGUCCAAAUUAUAAAAUAUCUUUUUAUUUACAUUUUACGUUGGCAGUGAUGAGUAGUUAUAACUAUCAAAACCAUCCCGUGACCCCUGCUCCUCAAGGUGCUAAGAACCGAAAAACCUUGUCCAAAGUUUGUAAAGUUUUGAUACAAUAUAAUACUGAUCAGGCGGUAUGUUUCCAUCUUUAUUGUAAGAUCACUUCCUGGCACUGAUAUUGACCUUGGAGAAAUUGUUGGAUACCAUCGGAUGGCAUUAUGUGAUUGGAUGUGUUAUCUCACCACAGAUGGGUUAUCUCAUCCUCACUCUGGUGACAUGGUAUCUCAGGUUGUCCAAUAACUUCUACAUGAUAGUAGUUUCUUACGGAGUUGGGAACCGCAGAUCAUGGUCAUGAAGAUGUGAUUGAGAUGGCAGCAAAUUUGAGUUAUUACCAUGAGUUUGUGGAGAGCAUAGGAUGGGGUUAUAAACUUGUGUGUGUGUGUACCCAACACCUGAAUGUUUUAGGUUCAUGGAUAGUGUUUUGACAGUGACAUUGUGUUUUCAGAACCCUAUUUCUCGGGCAAGUUCAGUACCUUUAGUUCAAAGUACCAAGCUGUUGGUAACAAUGCUGAUGAAACAUCACUUUCAUUUUUUAUUUUACUUGGAGGGAAUACAAAUUCUAGCUGUGAGAGAGCCCACGCUGCUGUUAUAUAGAUAGGAGAAGUACAACAACAUCUGAAGCUAACCUCACCACCAGAAUCUCAUACCUUUGUUUGUUGGGUGGACAUAUUCAGUACUUGUUACACAUUUUGAUAUAUAAUGCUUUGGUUGCAAGGUGCCCUUUUUGUUUCCUUAA